AUGUCCAGCUAUCUGGGCCGCCUCAACCCAAUUCCGGGCUUUCCUGGAUACUCAGGACCACACAAGGUCGGGACGGUGGACGUGGAGAUCCCCAUCUCGGAGCUUCCAGCACCAUGCCCAGUGCCAGAUGGUGCGCAGGAUAUUCACACCAUUCUAUUUCGCAUCUUCUAUCCUACGAGCUCAGAUGCCAAGGGAAAGGAAAUCACAUGGCUUCCCAACCCGCAGCGGCAGUAUCUGAUGGGAUAUGGAUUUUUCAUGGGCGCUUCUCCUCUUCUAUCCAGCCUGGCGUCCUUUGUUCCCAGAUAUCUCCAUUACGUCACAAUCCCCGCCAUCAAGAAUGCGCCUCUGAUCAGCCCUGCAGCUAAAAAUGGCCGCUGGCCUACUAUGAUCUUCUCUCAUGGUCUUGCAGGCAGCAGAAACUCAUAUUCACAACUGGCCGGCUCACUUGCGAGUCACGGCGUGGUGGUGAUUUGUCCAGAGUACCGUGACGGUAGUGCCAUUGCUACAGUCGUCAGAGACCCCGUGGCUCUCUCGAAAUACCAGGGAGGAUUGUUUGCGCAGAGGCCGCGGUCUGCUGACGUUGUGUAUAAGAACCUUCCCCACACGCCAUCAAGGGAGAUAUCCGAAGCUCGCGAUGCUCAACUACGUGUCAGAGCUUGGGAGACUGGCCUGUUAUACGAGGCGCUGGUCAAUAUCGAUGAGGGCAAGGCAGAAUCCAUGACCAACCUAAACACCAGCACGUCUGCAGAGGCUUUGUCCCGAUUUACAAACAGACUCGAUGUCCAUGAGCCGGGUAAAGUCAUAUGGGCCGGCCACAGUUUUGGUGCUGCAACCGUAACGCAGGUUGUUAAAUCAACCUAUUAUGCAGACCUUCCUGAGGUGAAAAGUAUAGCCAACCCCAUCUUUGCUGUCAAGGAGUCGGCCAAGAUCCGGCACCAAAUCACAAACCAGUCCGUCGCCAUUCUGCUGGACAUGUGGUGCCUGCCCAUGAUCUCACCAGACCAAACCGCGCUCUUCAAACUGCCGUUCCCCUGCUACGACAUCACCGCCUCAAAUUCUCCAGGAGGCGAUGCAUUGCUGGCUGUGGAGUCGGAUGCCUUUUUCAAAUGGACCGAGCACCUCCACACCAAGGCCAUGAUCCUCUCACCAUCCCCAUCGGCUGCGCCUCCCGUAUCUGCCUCUGCAUUCGACAAGCCGGGCUUCCCGAGGCCGAGCUGGUUUUACGUCAAGGAGAGUGCACACAUGAGCCAGUCGGAUUUUGCAACCCUCUUCCCCUGGCUCGUCCGGCGCGUCUUCAACGGGCACGCACCCGAGCGCGUCGUGCGCCUCAACCUGCGUGCCGUGCUGCAGACCCUUCGACGGAACGGGUACUCGGUCGCGCCCACCUGUGCUGCUGAUCUUGUCGACGGUGACGAGCCUACUGUCGCCAAGGCUACAGCUGCGGGCGCGCUGGAGGAUGACACGGCAAUCUUGGAUAGUAAGGUUGCCGACUCGAAGGCGAUCGAUGCUUGGACUCAUAUUGAUGUCGUCGGGCUCGGUCUGAAGAGUGCAGUUGCUAGCACUUAG